AUGAAGCUCUCCAACCCCGGCACGGUACCCGUGUAUACGAUAUCGGGCUCUAACACGGCCAGGCAACUCCCAGAAUGGCUUGCCCGCCGCAGAAAGCGCAGCUUGAAAAACGACGCUGACUACCAGAGCCGAGUCGAACUACUACAGGACUUUGAGUUCGAGGAGGCCAGUUCCUGUAUUCGAAUCAGUGAAGAUGGAGAUUGGGUUAUGAGCACUGGCACAUAUAAGCCCCAAAUUCAUGUCCAUAACCUGCCGCAACUCGGUCUUUCCUUCGCCCGCCAUACCAACUCUCUCAACCACAGUUUCAUACUGCUCUCGACCGACUACUCCAAGUCUCUGCACUUGCAGACCGAUCGCAGAAUCGAGUUUCACACACCCAUGGGAUGCCACUACGAAGUUCGUCUUCCCAGAUACGGCCGGGAUAUCAAAUAUGACCGAACCUCCACCGAAGCGCUGAUACCAGCCGUCGGCAUUGACACUGAUGGCAAGGGCGAAGUCUUCCGUAUGAACCUCGAAGCCGGUCGAUUCAUGAAGUCAUACCAAAUAGACGUCGGUGGCGACGACGAGCUCACCGGUGGCGGUCUUCAGGGCGGCAUUCACGUGGGUAGUGUCAAUGUCGCAGCAAUCGCAGAGAACUCGCACAACCUGCUAGCCUUUGGCACGUCCAUAGGCACAGUUGAGUUCUGGGAUCCCCGCUCUAAAUCAAGAGUCGCCUUGCUGGCUGGACACGAUGGAGAGGUCACGGCGCUCGACUUCAACGAGUCCGGAUUGUCUUUGGCAACGGGGUCAAGCACUGGCAUGGUGCAGCUCUUCGACCUACGUCGCCCCACCCCCAUGUUGACGAAGGAUCAUGGAUAUGACUUCCCAGUGCAAAAUCUCAAGCACAUGACUACCUCCUCUCAAGAAAAGAAAGUCAUGUCAGCAGAUAAGCGCAUCAUCAAGAUUUGGGAUGAAAAGGACGGCGAGCCUUGGACUUCAGUCGAGCCCGCUGUCGAUCUAAACGAUGUCGCGUGGUGCAAGGAUAGCGGUAUGCUCCUCACCGCCAAUGAAGGCCCUCAGCAGCAUGCCUUUUUCGUGCCUCAGCUCGGCCCUGCGCCAAAGUGGUGCUCCUUCUUGGAUAAUAUGGUCGAGGAGAUGGCAGAGGAAGUGCGCACAGAAACAUAUGACAACUACAAGUUCCUGUCAUUACCUGAACUUAAACAGCUCAGCUUGGACCAUUUGGUUGGAAAGAGCAACUUGUUGCGACCUUACAUGCACGGUUACUUUGUUGCAUCCAAGCUCUAUGACCAAGCCAAGCUCAUUGCGAACCCCUAUGCAUUCGAGGAAGAGAGAACGAAGCGCGUCAAGGAGAAGAUUGAAAAGGAGCGUGCAAGCAGAAUCAGAGGCAGCAAGAAGGUCAAGGUCAACCAGCGACUUGUCGACAGACUCCUCAAGAAGCAGGAGAACAGAGGCGAGGUUGAUGUCAAAGCCGGCUUACUCGGUGACUCUCGUUUCAGCAAGCUCUUUGAGGACGAGGAGUUCAAGGUCGACGAGACUAGCCGAGAAUUUCAAGUUCUAAACCCCAGCACUGUCAUCGACCCUGACCAGCAGCUCGAUCCCAAGGCUCCGAAGAGAUACCAGGCCAAGGAUUCCGACGACGAGUCUAGCGACGACGAGAUUCGGGCAGUGCCCAAGAGAUCAGCCGAAGUUACCAUGCGCGUCUCUUCAACACAGAAUCACGGACGGCCGCUCAAGGAUACUAGCUUGGGGUCAAGACAGGCCGGGCCUGGCCGCCAUUUCAAAUCUCGCGGUGAUGUUGUUGGAGAUCGCGAAAUCACAUUUGUGCCCAAGUCGAAGAAGAAAGACCAGGAAGCGGAGCCUGAGAAGCCACAAAGACGUUUCAAUGCCGGAAGGCGGAGCGCCAGCUCAAACACAUUCCGCAAAAUGUGA